AUAGAUACUGAUUAUCGAAAGAGCCGAAAGAAAUCAGAAGGUUUUAGCUAGGGUUUAUCAGCUAGCUGAGACGAGAGAAAAAUACACAAGUUUCAUCGUCUGUGAAUCAAAGAAGAAUCGAAGAAAGAGAAAAUGGAUUCAUUUGGAUCGUCGUCGACAAGUGGAUCAUCUUCUUCGCAGCCUAAUCCAGAAGCAAUCAUGCAUCAACUCAAAAAUCAACUCGCUCAAGCUUACGCUGAAGAAUUCCUCGAGACUGUGCGAGGGAAGUGUUUCGAGAAGUGCAUAACAAAACCAGGUUCAAGUCUAAGUGGAAGUGAGCAGAGCUGUAUAUCAAGGUGUGUGGAACGGUACAUUGAGGCUACUGGUAUCGUUAGCAAGGCUCUCUUUAGCCAACAACGAUAGUCUUGAAUGAUGUUGAGCAAAGAAAAAACUCCCAUGGAUUGUAUACAUCACUAUCUGGAUAUGGCACUUUUGUGGUCAUUGAUCGACAAAGAGUUAGAUUUCAGUUAAAAUUUAUAGUUGUUAAUUUGAUGAUCGUCACAUAACCAUGCAAUUUGCCAUGAUUGAAUAACUUUGCUUUUACUUUUCUUUUUUCAUGAUAUGUACUGAAACUUUGAGCAAGAACUUUGUGAUUAUUACAUCAGAUGAGCAUGCUGAUUCUGUUGGAUGUUUUCCUGCAAUAUGAAAGAAUUCCAAGUUAUGAUA